CGUUUGUUGUUGCAAUUAUCGACCGAGUGAAGCUGUGGAUCAGCUGGAGCCGAAAAAGAGGCUGGGAUGACCUGACGAUCAGCAGCGAACUGUCAAACAUUAGUCUUGCGUAGUCGAUUUCGAGUUUAUUUGCAGCCAUCCAUGAUCUAGGAGAUGCUCCGUUUCGUAUCUUAAUUGAAUCUAUCGAUUCACUAUGUCGCCUGAGCCCACACAAGAACCCAUUCAAGAGAGUCUGACGACCUCUAAUGUACCCCUGGACGCGAGAGAGGCGAAUGACUUAGAUAGUGAGGAUGAGGAUAUAGGGAUAACGGAAUAUAUUCCAUUGUCCCAAGUAUCCACUGAUGCUGAUCCUAUAUUGGAUGAAGAUGAGAACGAUGAAUGGCUGUCUGGAGUAGAUGAGCUGAAUCAAGCACCACCUACCCCAUUAAUCGAGGCACAUCAGAGCUGUGCCUCGGAGGUGUUGGAAGUCUGGUCAUGUCCAUACAAUCGCUCCGACAUCGACUUGGACGCGGCCAAGAUUAAGCAGGUGAAAUCCGUGAUGGCGUCCAUCACGCUUCCUGAGACUUCCAUCCCGCAGUGGGCGAGUACAAUUUCCGAAGAUCAGUGGAAGGAGCAGCUACUCGUUCGUAUUAAAGAGAUGCAGAACAAAGAUCCGUAGAGCUUAAAUCGCGACGUAGUCGCUGAUCGCAGCCGAAAUCUUUCUUAGCAACCGCGCGCAGCGCGUACACUCUGCGUUAUUGAAAAUAAUUUAUUACGACGGCAAAAAAAAAAGAGAGAAAGAAAAAACACGUUCGGACACAUUGCGGUUGAAAAUCGGAUAUCGCCGAGCAUACAUAUACGUACAUAUAUUUUAUCUAACACGUUUAAGUGAAACGAUCGGGCUUGAUUUUUCUAUUAACUAGGCUAAGAGGCUUUCGAAGCGAAUUUUAGCAUUAUCUCGUUAGAGGAAUGCAUGGUACGUGCAGUUGUGACGUUAGAACGUAGGAGGAGAGAAAUCAAAAGGGUGAACUGAUCGAGCGUGUCAUUAUUGUGAAGCGUAUUAUUAUUGUCUUUGUUCCUUUUUAUACGAUAUGUUGUUUGAAGGCGGAUUAUAAGAGGUAUAUGAUAUAUCAGUUUAAUUAAUAAACGUCGCUCGAUGUUA